AUGGCGAAGCGCACGAAGAAGGUCGGAGUCGUCGGCAAAUACGGAACGCGCUACGGUGCUUCGCUGAGGAAGCAGGUGAAGAAGAUCGAGCUGCAGCAGCACGCCAAGUACUCUUGCCCCUUUUGCGGCAAGAUGGCGACUAAGCGCCAAGCCGUCGGCAUCUGGAAGUGCCGCGGCUGCGCCAAGACGAUGACCGGUGGUGCGUGGACUCUGCAGACCGCCGCUGCGGCGACGGUUCGCUCAACUGUGGCUCGCCUGCGCAAGCAGCUCGGUGAGGCUCAGAACGCAUAA